AUGUCAUCACUACCUAACAUCAUUUUCAAAUCAAAAUCUUCAUGGAUAAGAAGUCUACUACCUAAAAAAAAUUAUAAAACAAACAACAGAACUAGUAAUCGAAAUUUAUCAUCAUAUUUUAAAGGUGCAAGAAAUUAUUUCUUAGGUUUUAAUAUAUCAGAAAUUGAAAAAUCAGAACCUGUUGAUGAAAUAAUUCCCUUCGUGAAGUACCCAUUAUUUACAAGAGAUCAAUUAAAAAAAAUUGCAAUUGAAAAAUUUAAAUUUGAUUAUGGUCAUGCUUCAUUUGGUUUUCAUUCCGAUUCUAUUCAACCUUCAAUUAAUAGUUUAAGUGAUUUAACUGAUCCUACUCAAUUAAAUUCUUUACUACCAAGAAGAAGACCGGAGGGAUCACCAAGUGAUACUUUAAGUAUAAAAGCUGGUGAUGAUACAAUGUUAGUUUCUCCUUCUGUAUUAGCAGUAGCAGAUGGUGUAAGUGGUUGGGAAAGUGAUGGAGAAUUAGCAGAUUCAGGUAUAUGGUCAAGAGCAAUAGUUGAAACUUUUAGUAGAUUAAUGACUGAAUAUAAAAUAAAUCAUACUCCACAUCAUUUAAAAAGAAGAGAUAUUGAAGAAAUUUUAAAUGAUUCUUAUUUACAUACAUCUCAUUUAAUGGACUUACAAAAAUUAAAAGGAUCAUCUACAUUAGUUUUGGGAAUGCUUAGUGGAGAUAUUUUGCUAAUGAUUAGUAUAGGAGAUUCAAAAUUAUUUAUAAUAAGAGAUUCAAAAAUUAUAUUAACAAAUAAAGAAGAAUCUUCAAAUCUUUGUCCAACUCAAAUUGGUACAAAUACAAUAAGUACAAUGCCAUCAGAUUUUGCAUGGAUUGAUUCUUUUAAAUUAAAAGAAAAUGAUUAUAUUAUAAUGUGUUCAGAUGGUAUAACAGAUAAUUUAUAUGAAGAAGAAAUUUUAAAUUAUUUAAAUGAAUUUAAGAACAACAAUCCAAAAACUAUAGCAAAUAAAUUAUUAAUAAAAGCAAAAGAAGUUGCAUUUGAUGAUUAUGCUUAUACUCCUUAUAAUGAAAAAGUAAAUUCAAAUCCAAAUAAUCAUACAAAUAGUCAAGGAGGUAAAGUUGAUGAUAUGACAAUAGUAGUUGCAAAAGUUGUAAAAAAUAGUAAAUAA